UAUGGCCUUAGUCACCAGGUAUGAGAAAGGCCCCGUAACGCGCAGACGAAGAACGACCAUUUCUGGAGAAACAGCGGGGACAAGUUCAAAGCAAGCCAACGGGAGCAAGCCUAGCGCUGCAGCAGAGUCCAGGCACCUGAGAGGGGACAAGGCGCACGACACAUCCGCGGCUCGCAAACAGAGGAGCAGUAAUGAUGUUCUUAAGGAUAAACUCAGCUGUCAUCGACUGCAGGAGUCCCUUCUCAGCUCAGAAAGUGGCUACAGCAACUACAGGGGGAUCCUCAACUGGUGUGUGGUCAUGCUGGUCUUGUCUAACGCACGCCUUUUCCUGGAGAACCUUAUAAAAUAUGGGAUACUGGUAGACCCCAUCCAGGUGGUCUCCCUCUUCUUAAAGGACCCGUACAGCUGGCCUGCUGCAUGCCUUAUCAUAGUGUCCAACGUGUUCAUAAUGGCGGCUCUGUACAUGGAGCGGAGGCUGGCUGUGGGCACAAUCUCAGAGAAUGUUGGAACAUUCCUUUAUUGUGUCAAUCUGGCUACUGUUUUGUGCUUUCCGUCAUCCGCUGUCCUCAUGAUGACCUCCAUAACCCCAGUGGGUGGAGUCUUUACUCUGGCAGUGUACACAGUGCUUUUCCUGAAACUCUACUCCUACAAGGAUGUGAACAAGUGGUGCAGGGAGAUUAGGCAGGCCAAAGCCCGCAUGCUGUCACGUUCCAACUCCUGUCCAUCUGUGCACAAGGCAAAUGGGAGCGCAGCACACAGUCAUGUGACCUACCCAGGCAAUCUUACCCAUCGAGAUAUGUAUUAUUUUGUUUUUGCCCCAACACUGUGCUAUGAGCUAAAUUUUCCCCGAUCUCCUCGGAUACGGAAGCGCUUCCUGCUGAGGAGGCUUUUUGAGAUGCUCUUUUUGAUGCAAUUACAAGUUGGAUUAAUACAGCAGUGGAUGGUCCCCACCAUUCAGAACUCCAUGAAGCCUUUUCAGAACAUGGACUUGUCGAGGAUGGUGGAGCGCCUCCUGAAGCUCGCUGUGCCCAAUCAUUUCAUAUGGCUCAUCUUCUUUUACUGGUUUUUUCAUUCCUCCAUGAACUUCGUCGCUGAGCUGAUGCAGUUUGGAGACCGAGAAUUUUAUAGGGACUGGUGGAACUCAGAAACUGUCCCCUAUUUUUGGGCAAACUGGAAUAUCCCUGUUCAUAAAUGGUGCCUGCGACACUUUUAUAAACCCAUGUUGAGAAGAGGUGUGAACAAACUGGCAGCCCAGUUGGCCGUGUUCCUGGUCUCCGCGUUCUUCCACGAGUACCUCGUGAGUUUCCCACUGAAGAUGUUCCGGCUAUGGGCGUUCAUGGGAAUGAUGGUCCAGAUUCCCCUUGCCAUGUUUGUGGGCCGGUUCUUGAAGGGUAACUAUGGCAACGCUGCAGUCUGGAUCUCUCUGAUCAUUGGCCAGCCCAUCGCUGUGUUGAUGUACGUUCAUGAUUACUAUGUGCUUCACUGUAGAGGCAUGUCAGACGAUGGGAAACUCUAAAUAGGAAAGUUAUACUUAUUUUUAAAAGGAAAUUAGAACAUUUUAAGGAUGUUUUUUGCCCAAAUAUAAAAAGGCAACAACAGACAUCAACUUUGUUGCCACUAUGAGACCUGUUUUUUGCAAAGGCAUUUUACGAAUGCAUAGAUAAUGAGAUGGUCUCUUGUGUUACCAUGUGCAAUGGUCCUGAAACACUGCCCAGCAAACGCAACACAGCAUUGCAAAACCUUCUUUCAUUUUGUACUUGAAGCUGUCACACUAUAAUGAUCAGUGCAAACUUGUACAAUUUGUACAUUGCCAAAAAUAUUGGUUUUCCAUUUUCAUUUGUUUCUUGAACGUUAAAUGCCGUAUAGAACAGUGGUUUUACCCGUUUCCAUUUUUAUAGUCCUGAUUCUUGAUAUAGUAAAGCUUUAAGUUUUUGCACUUUAUCCAAAAUGCAUGCAAUUUACUAAGAUUUACAGAAUUCCAUUUAAAGAACUUCAGUAACUUCUUAGGAUAGAUUCACUGUAUUUCCAGACCUUAUUAAAAUUGGCUACCCCAAUUUAUAAUUGUGUGUAGCAUGACCUUGCCGAUACCUCUGAGAAACUUACCAUUCUUCUGAAGCUUCUCACUAGGCUUAUACACAGGCCAAGUAAACAUGUCCCUUAAUCUUUAAACCAACUCAUUUUCAGAAAGGUUUAUGAGGGUUUUUGAAGACUUACCCAAUAGCCCACUGUUUAAGGAAAGUACUAUGCACAAUUAUACCUCAUGGGAAAUAAUUUAAUAAGGCCUGGGAUAGCAAACACUAAGCAUAUUUUUUGUCACUUAUUGUUUAUAUUCAAGAUUUAAAUAAAUAAUAUAUAUGAUGUAUAUUUAUCAAAAAAAAAAAUCCAAAAACUAAUUACCAAUUGAGUAAAAGUUUUUUAGCUUUUACUUUCAAUACACUCUCACUUUGUACAAAGAGCUGUCUUAAUGGUAUCAGAGAGAUACACACUGUACUAUUUUUGUUACAUUAGUACUUUCAUGUGCCUGACACACCAAUGUCAAAUGAUGUAGGCAAUAGUUUUAAACUUCCCUCACAGAAUGUUCCGUUUCCCCCCGUGGAGCUACAGCAUGUGUACUUUUGGGUCCUUAGCAUGCCUGUUGCUGUACACCAUUCCUACUCAUACAAGCAUUUUAAACCACUUUAUUAGCCCUGGCUUACAAGGUUCUCUUACAGUUCAAGAGACUACAAAUUGUUUGAAAUGAAAGCUACAGAAUAAUGCAUGUUUGCAUGUUGUAGACUUAGAUUUUAAUACCAAAAUUUCAUAUUUUUUUGUAAUCUUGAGUUUUUAUCCCCUCUUACCAAAGUAUUAUAAAAAUACCCAGAACCUUUAACACUAUGUGCAGGUUCAAAAAUGAACCUGUAUGCACAUAUAAGCCUGUGUAGACCUGCAACUGAAGAUGCAAAGACAUUCAUACUGCAGUGCUGAGAUUCCACUGUGGCAGCUGAUGUUCCAGUUCAAUAAAAAUCUUUUAAACAUGA